GGAGCAGUCCCAGUUCCUGCACUGCAGCUCUCUCAGAUGGUCCUGAAGGGAAUGGAGCUGCAAUAGCACUGAAGUAAAUCUGGCAGUGUGCCAGAGGGCGUAAGACAGAUAGUAAGACAGGAGUGAGGGAGUAAGACAGAAAGUAAGCAACGGCGAGGUAGAUUGGAUGUCAGCAUCGUGUGUGUGUGCUGCAGUGACUUGACGCUGUGUGUUGUGAUGAUGUUGGGAUGAGAUGGGUGAUGGUGGUGGGGUGGUGGUGCAGGGGUGCCGCCCCUUCUUCCUGUUUGACAGUUUUGUGCAGGCGUCGACGUGCAAGGAGACUCUGCGAGCCUUUCAGGAGCUCUGCACUGACCUCAAGCUGCAGCCAGGAGACAAUCCGCUAUUCUACAAGACCCUGAGGUCCAGACUGCACUACUGGAGAGCCAAAGCACUGUGGGCCAAACUGGACAAACGAGCCAGCCAGAAAGAGUACCAGAGGGGCCACGCUUGUUCUAAUACAACAUGCCUGAUAAUAGGCGCAGGACCAUGUGGGCUUCGUACAGCUAUCGAGCUGAGUUUUCUAGGAGCAAGGGUGGUGCUCAUGGAAAAGAGGGACACUUUCUCCAGGAACAACGUCCUCCAUCUCUGGCCAUUCACCAUCCAGGACCUGCGUGGCCUCGGAGCCAAGAAGUUUUAUGGAAAGUUUUGUGCAGGAGCCAUAGAUCAUAUUAGUAUCCGUCAGCUGCAGCUCAUACUGCUGAAAGUGGCUCUGCUCCUGGGUGUGGAGGUUCAUGUGAAUGUGGAGUUCAGGAGUCUGAAGGAACCUCCGGAGAACCAAGAAAACCAAAGUACUGGCUGGAGUGCUGAGGUCUAUCCACCUGCACAUCCAGUGAGUGAGCUGCAGUUCGAUGUGGUUGUUGGAGCAGAUGGCAGGAGAAACACCUUACCAGGAUUUCGUAGGAAAGAGUUCCGGGGAAAGCUGGCCAUCGCCAUUACUGCAAAUUUCAUCAACCGUAACACCACAGCAGAGGCCAAGGUGGAGGAGAUCAGCGGUGUGGCCUUUAUUUUUAACCAGAGAUUCUUCCAGGAGCUGCGUAGUGACACCGGUAUUGACCUGGAGAACAUUGUCUACUAUAAGGAUGACACUCAUUACUUUGUCAUGACGGCGAAGAAGCAGAGUCUCCUGGAGAAAGGCGUCAUACUGCAUGAUUAUGCAGACACAGAGGUUUUGCUCUCCAGAGACAACGUAGACCAGAAUGCCCUGCUGGCGUACGCACUGGAAGCAGCAGACUUCUCCACCAAUCACCAGCUUCCGACUCUAGACUUCGCCAUGAACCACUAUGGGCAGCCGGAUGUGGCCAUGUUCGACUUCACAUGCAUGUACGCGACAGAAAACGCAGCCCUCGUACGCCAGCGCAGGGGACAUCGGCUGCUGGUGGCGCUAGUUGGAGACAGUCUGUUGGAGCCGUUCUGGCCGAUGGGGACAGGCAUUGCACGUGGUUUCCUGGCUGCUAUGGACACAGCGUGGAUGGUUCGGAGUUGGGGAAUGAGGCUUGACCCUUUAGAGGUGCUGGCUGAGAGGGAGAGUGUGUAUCGACUGCUUCCUCAGACCACGCCGGAGAAUGUCAGCAAGAACUACAGUCAGUACAGUCUAGACCCCAGUACACGCUACCCAAACCUCAACACACAGGUUAUUAAUGCAUCUCAGGUCUGCCAACUCAUAGACACAGAUGAAGGGCCACUUUUGGGAGUCGUUAUGGGACCUUCACCAACAUCGAGACUUACACACCAAGACUCCACAGCUCGUUCAAAUAAGCUGCUGAUUUGGUGUCAGGAGCAGACGCAGGGCUACAGGUGCGUGUGUGUGACGGACCUCACCACAUCCUGGAGGAGCGGCCUGGCUCUCUGCGCUCUUCUCCACAGACACAGACCUGACCUCAUUGAUUUUGAAGCUCUGGAUGAGAGCGAGGCUGAGCUGAACAACCAGUUGGCCCUGGACAUAGCUGAGCUGGAGUUGGGGAUCUCUCCCAUCAUGACCGGUCAGGAGAUGAGCCUGCUGGAGGAGAACGACUCGCUCUGCAUGGUCAUGUACCUCAGCCAGCUUCACGAUCUCCUCAAAGACACAGCGCCACCCAGUGAGACUCUGAGUGUUAACGACAGAACAGCUUUGAUGUCUAGCACCAAAUCUCCGCUGUCUUUACUCAACAAGCUUGGACAGAGUCUGUCUCGUAAACGGAACCCCAAGGAUAAGAAAGAGAAAGCUGUCGAUGGAAUGGGAAAGAGAAGAAGGACGAGUCAAGCCGGACAGUCGGACGACGAGGAGGUUUCACCAGAUCAGAACGAGGACAUCCAAGCAGUGAGUCCUGGAUCAGAAUCGAUCACGGCCACGGUUGUCGGUGGCAACCAAAGCCGAGUCAAAUCGAUGGCGUCCCGGCUGUUGGCCAAGUUUGAAGAAAAUGCCUCCCGACCUUCAGCCACUACGAUACGGAGACAGACGUACAUUAAGAUGUACACAGGGGGAGUGAGUUCAUUGGCUGAGCAGAUAGCCAAUCAGCUGCAGAGUCAGCAACAUAAACCCAAACCACUUCUAGACAAAAAGGAGCUGGGUUCUCAGCGGAGAGAAUUCCCGGUGAACAUCGGAGGCAGUGAUGUGUGUUACUUCUGCUCUCGGCGCGUCUACGUGAUGGAGAGACUGAGUGCUGAGGGCAAGUUCUUCCACAGGAGCUGCUUCCAGUGUGUCCACUGCAACUCUACACUGCGCCUCUCCAACUACGCUUAUGAUGAGCUUCAAGGGAAGUUUUAUUGCAAGCAGCACUACGGAUACAGGCUGACCGGAAUGGCUCAGCGGAAGAGACCAGCUCCGAUCACAGCCCCUCCUCAUUCUGCACAGGCACCUCUUGCUCCUCCUCCCACUCCUCUGUCGCACUCUUCCUCUGGAUCAGUAGACAUGGUCCCUCCCCCUGACAACAUCUCCUCCAGCACUCCUCCAGACACUCUGAGCGGACUGGCUAAGCGUCUGUGUGGAACUCCAGAGCGCAUCGCACUGGAAAACUACAGGUCCUGCUUACAGGAGGAGAACAGCCCUCUACAGGAGGUGCCAGAAGAGACGCUAGCUCAACACAACCUCAGCCUGAGCCUGCAGGAGAAAGGGAGUGAAGAGCAAUCCAGUUCAGAGUCAGAGCUGGAGGAAGAAGGGGAGGAGCCUUUGAGGAGAGGGGUGGAGCCACAGGCCAGAGCAGAUGGAGAGACAGAGUUAGACAGUGGGACGGAGCAAAGAAACAAAAAAGAGAGAGGAAAGGAUGAGAUUGAGGAUGAAGAACAAGAAGACGUUUCUGAAGAAGAAGAGGAUGGAGGGGAGUCUAGUGAUGAGUCUGGUAAGGAACACGCUGAUGAGCUGGAGGUAAAACUUUCAGACAGAAAGACUGAAUCAAGUGUCCCUGGGCCAAUGGAGCAACUUCCCUCGCUUACAUCAAAUACCCUACACUCACCAACCAGAGAACCUGUGCACACCCAUACAGACACAUUCAACCCUCCUGUUACACUAGAGGAUCAGCCAACCAAGAGAUCUGGGGUUAUUGAGGAAUUCUGGCUGAAAAGUGCAGAAAUCAGGAAGAGUUUGGGGCAGUCAGUAGUGCUUGUGACCUGCACUGAUCAAAAAAACCCAUCCUUCAGCACUGGAGAUACAUUUUACACCUCUAAACACACAACAUCUGAUUCCAAUUUGCCUUUACACACUCCCUGUAAGAGGGACUCAAUCAACCAAACCUCAGGUACCCUAACUCUAAGUGCUAGCACUGAUAGCACACAGACAUCUUCUAUGAAUGAGCUGCAAAGUUCAAAUACCCGUUUUCAAGGUGGUGCAUCAUCAUGUGCCGACGCACACUCUGCAGAAGCAAGGGUUGAGAAUGUGUCUGGAAUGAAGAGAAGCAAUGAACUAGAGGGGAUAGUGGACCGUUCUUCAACGGUCCAUAGGCUUAGUAUCACUUUGGAGAGCCAGAUAGCAGAACAGGAAAGGGACUUGACCACUAACUCUUCUUCCAACACCAUGGAAACCCAAAGAGUUUCAGCUCCAGAUUUAAGAUUUUUGCCUAUUCCCAGUAGCCCUCUAACUGCAAGGCAGGAGCUUGACUUGAACCGCUCAGAUCCAACUCUAAACAGGGAAAUCUUGUUGAGUUCCCACACUGUGCCUCUUCGGACCGAGGUCAUACAACAUGAUAGGCUGAAAUCUCACCUGAAUAGAGCUCAGAGUCUACCUCCUGUUGAGGUGGAGGUCUUAUAUGCAGGAGAUGCAGAUAAAUUGCAUCCUUGCCCUGCUAUGCCCUACCAUGCCAGUGAUACAGAAGUUCCUAUGUCCAGCCUCCCAAAAAUAAAGGAAAAGAGUGCACUAGAGGGAAGGAGGGCACGUUCAGAGGUCCCGUUGCAAAUGGCUGGUGCUGAGGCCUUGCAACAGAGGUCAGAAAUCAAGCCAUUGGAGGAGGAAAAUGUGAAGAAGCGGACCUCACUGUUCUCACCAAGGAAGAACCGAAAAAGUGCCAACCUGUCAGGGGAAACACAGCAGGAGCUGGGGAAACACAAAUCCUUGUGGAAGAGUGUCUUCUCUGGCCAUAAGAAAGAGAAGAAAAGGAAAGAGUUAGAAAGACAUUCCAGGACGUUGCCGAGCACUACCAGCCAGGAAAGCAGGAAAAGAAUGCCUGGUUUUCACAGAACCUCAGACCUGAGCUCAAUGAAGGACCUGAGCUUCUCUGAAGAAACAGACCUGUGCUGCAGUGUUGUUCUAGACAGAUCUCCACUGAGAGCGCAGCUGAGUCAGGAGGUGUCUGACCUUAUUAGGUCAGAUGGUCAGAAAGAGAGAAUUGAAGAGGUGGAGGGUGGAGUGGAGGAACGAGAAGAGUCUGUUUAUGUGCCCCACGCAUUGGCAUUCAAGAGAGCAUACGCCAUUAAGAAGCACAGCAGGAAAUCACAGAGGCCCAACAAGAAAGCAGGAACCGAGGAGGAGCUGGAUGCCAAGCUGACCCGCAGAGUACAAAGAGCUGCACGCAGGCAGGCCAAGCAGGAGGAGCUGAAAAGGCUGCAUCGUGCACAGAUAAUCCAACGACAGUUGGAACAGGUGGAAAUGAAGCAGAGACAGUUGGAGGAGAAGGGCAUCGCUGUAGAGAAGGCUCUCAGAGGAGAAGCGGACUACUGGGAGGACUCUAGUAUCUCAGACCUUCUGGACAUACACCUGGGUGGAAUGGGGAAGAAGGAUGACCCCAGCCUAAUGCACCAGUGGUUUAAACUGGUACAGGAGAAGAACGCACUGGUGCGCUAUGAAUCUGAGCUCAUGAUAUUUGCGCGAGAGCUGGAGCUGGAGGACAGGCAGAGUCAUCUGCAGCAGGAGCUUAGGGAACGCAUGGCAGUGGAUGACCAUCUAAAGAAUGAGGAGGAGCUGGCAGAGGAGCGGCGAAUCCUGGGUGAGAUGCUGGACGUUGUAGAGCAGAGAGACGCUCUAGUGGCCCUCCUGGAGGAGCAGAGACUGAAGGAGAGAGAAGAGGACAGCGAUCUGGAGGCGGCAAUGCUGUCUAAGGGCUUCAGCCUGCACUGGGCUUAAAACAUACUCACACACCCACAUACCCCCUAGGUGUAGAAUAAAGAAGGAGAAGGAGGACACUGUACACUGGAUGCAAGAUAUUAAAGCUUUACCAUGAACUACAUCAAAAUAUUUGGACCUACACACAAAAUUAUAUUUCUACUUGACCAUAUUUGCUUUGACCUGCAAGUAAAAAGUAAUUAUAUAAUAAUAAAUAUUCUGUAUUAUCAGAUGCUUGGGCAAGUGCGCAAUCUGUAAAUACUGUAUACGAGUUUAAGGUCUCGUUUAAUGUCACUUAAUAAUCUGAAGGGCAAAUAAACUGUCUGUAAAAUGAGAAAGAAGAUGCCUUUCAGGAAAACAGUAUUAUGCUAACUGCACUACAAUAAUAUGCAUAUGUAAACCUUAAAUGCUGCGUUAGCUUCUUUUUAUUAUUAUUAUAUUUUUAUUAUAUUUACUUAAAACAAAAGAGAAAUGCAGAGAUUUUUUAAGCGUAUUGGCCAAGUAUAUUUUUGUUGACAGACUUUUAAGACUGAGGUAAAGAAAUGGAUUUCGAUUUUAAAAGCCUGUGUCUGCAAUUGUUUGAGAUGCAAGAACAAACAGCGAAUAUGCAUAUUUUAUUCAUAAAAGUGUUUUAUUGUUUAACCUGAUUUGUUUCGCUAGCUUUUACACCCAAACUAACAACAAACAGGAAGCAUCACCGAAGCAGGUGCUGUCUGUAAGAAUGUUUCAUCUUGCUGAAUUAAAUUGGUCACAGUAAUUUAUAAACUUUCAGAAUGAAGCUCUUGUGAGAAUUUUUGUGUUUUUUGUGCAUCUGUGUCUUUUCUUUUACAUUUAUUAAUACAUUUAAAGGACAACUCUUAUGAGAUAUAUAGUAUAUAUUGUUAUGUGUGUGUGUGUGUGUGUGUAUAUAUACAGUAUAAACUUAAAACACAGCACCAUAUGACACUUGUUAUCUAAUCAGGAAUAUGUCCACACAAUUGAGGAUGAUGUACUACUCAGGCUGAAUUUCCAAAUACGACGACAGGGCUGUAUUUGUGGUUUACUGCAUCACUACAAAAAUUAAAUCUGCAAUAAAUUCAACAACAAGAUCAA